AUUCCGAAAGAGAUGCUAUUGAAAGUGGAACACAAACACAAACACUAAGGUUAUCAUUAUUCUCUUCACUGUGAUCCAACCCACAUACCCACCCGCCAUGGCCUCCAACCACCUUAUCACCCUCACCCGCCGCCUCCUCCGCCUUCCGCCCACCGCCCGCCCCUUCUCCGCCGCCCCGAUUACCUCCUCCUGCCCCGCCCCACCAAUGCUCUACGACCGCCUCGCCUCCGCCACUAUUGCCAAGCUCCGCCGCCUCGACCACCCCGACCCCCGCUUCCUCAAGCACGGCAACCCCGUCCCUUCCAUCACCGACCACACGCCCGUCCUCGCCGCUCCCCAGACCCGCGUGACCACGCUCCCCAGCGGCCUUCGCGUCGCUACCGAGUCCUCCCUCGCCGCUCGCACUGCCACCGUCGGCGUUUGGAUCGACGCCGGAUCGCGGUUCGAGACUGAGGAAACCAACGGCACCGCUCAUUUCCUCGAACACAUGAUCUUCAAGGGCACCGCGAAGCGCACCGUGAGGGAGCUCGAGGAGGAGAUCGAGAACAUGGGAGGGCAUCUCAAUGCGUACACCUCACGCGAACAGACCACGUACUACGCUAAGGUCAUGAACAAGGAUGUCCCCAAGGCUCUUGAUAUUCUGGCUGACAUCUUACAGAAUUCGAAGUUCGAUGAUAAUAGGAUUAUCCGUGAGCGUGACGUGAUUCUGAGGGAAAUGGAAGAGGUUGAGGGACAAAUGGAAGAAGUAAUCUUUGACCAUUUACAUGCAACUGCUUUCCAGUACAGUCCACUUGGUAGAACAAUUCUUGGACCUGCUCAGAAUAUCAAGACAAUCACUAAAGAUCAUCUGCAAAACUACAUUCAGACACACUACACAGCUCCUAGAAUGGUGGUUGCCGCAUCUGGAGCUGUCAAGCAUGAAGAAAUUGUUGAGCUAGUAAAAACAUUGUUUACUAAGUUGUCAACAGAUCCCACCACAGCUUCUCAAUUAGCUGCAAAAGAACCAGCCAUUUUUACCGGUUCCGAGGUUAGAAUUUUGGAUGAUGAUAUUCCCCUUGCACAAUUUGCUGUAGCUUUUGAAGGUGCUGCAUGGACAGAUCCUGAUUCCGUUGCUCUAAUGGUCAUGCAAGCUAUGUUGGGUUCUUGGAACAAAUCCACAGGAAGUGGAAAGCACAUGGGCUCUGGGUUGGCGCAACGAGUUGGCAUUAAUGAAGUUGCAGAAAGCAUUAUGGCCUUCAAUACUAAUUACAAGGAUACAGGUCUCUUUGGUGUUUAUGCUGUUGCUAAGAAGGAUUGCUUGGAUGACUUAAGCUAUGCAAUAAUGAAUGAGACAACCAAGUUGGCUUAUAAGGUUUCACAGGAUGAUGUUAUUCGAGCUCGUAAUCAGUUGAAAUCUUCACUCCUGCUCCACAUAGAUGGAACAAGUCCAGUAGCUGAAGAUAUUGGGCGCCAGCUACUCACCUACAACAGAAGAAUACCAUUUGCAGAAUUAUUUGCUAGAAUUGAUGCUGUUGAUGCAAGCACAAUAAAACGUGUUGCUAACAGAUUUAUUUAUGACAAGGAUAUUGCAAUUGCUGCUAUGGGACCUGUUCAGCGUUUGCCUGAUUACAACUGGUUCAGACGAAGAACCUACUGGAAUCGAUAUUAGUUUUAAUCAUAGUUUACGUUUCUUCAACUUCCCGAGAGAUGUCCCCAAGGAAUCAAAUUUACACCUUGUGUAUCUCCAAGUAGUUGUUACAACAUUCAAUUAUCUAUUUAUUCAUUUAUUUGGUGUAGGCAUUUUUUAAACACGGGGAGAAAUAAAUAUGCUAUUCU